UUCCAUCCCUAUAUGCAAGGUGUUGCGUUCUAUCCAGGCUCUCGCUCGGACGCGCAGAACCUGAGCUUGAUCCACCAAGCGAGGCUCUCACUCUCUAAAGUUCUGCUCCACUUCUACCCUGCAGCUGGGCGCCUGGCGCUCUCCAGCGAUGGCAACUCGUAUGGAAUCGACUGCAAUGCCGCUGGUGUCGAGUGGACAGUGGCAAGAGCCGACUUUCCGCUUGACAAGCUCGACUACUCUCAGCCAUCGCCCGACUUCUCGGCUCUGAUUCGAAGUGGCAAGUAUGGAAGCUCUGCGGCACCACUCGGAAGCCCGCUGCUAAGCAUCCAGGUGACAAGGUUCUCGUGCGGAGGCAUUUCGGUGGCUUUGGGCUGCGGACCAUGCAUUAGCUGAUGGAACUGGCCGGGUGCAUUUCCUAGUAUCUUGGGCAGAGAGUUGUCUCAAAGGUGAGAUUAGCCAAGUUCCUCGCAUUGAUCGAGAUCUCGGGCCCCAGCAGCUGGACUACCCGAGAGCAAGUGAUUUCUCGCCGGUUGCAAGCGGCCAUGAUCUUCCAAAGUCCGGUAACAUAGCGAUGAGCGGUCGAAUCUUCUGCUUCGAGAGAGACUACAUUGACAAGAUCAAGGAGAUGGCUGGCGCCGGGUUAUCGAGUUUCAAAGUGCUAAGUGCUCACAUCUGGAUCAACAUGUGUGCAGCGAGGGAUCUGCCCGAUUCCACGAGCACCACCAAUUCCAUGGCUGCCAACUGCAGGAAAAGGCUAGCUCCUCAGCUGCCGGACGAGUUCUUUGGGAAUGCAGUGCUCCACGCGGUGUCAACGACGACUGCUGGUGAGCUCCGGAAAGGUGGCCUCCGCCAUGCUGCAAGCUUGCUGGAGGAUGCAGUUUCGACGAGCUUUGGCAUGGAGGGGAUCACGAAGAAGCUUAGCUCCAAGGGCAUUGCAGCGGACAAGCUUGGCAAGAAUUGUAACAUGUUGUGCUCGAGCUCGCCGCGGUUCCGGUACUACGAGAUUGAUUUGGGAUGGGGGAGACCAGAAGCCGUGCGGCAUGUUGGAUUGGAGAGGCUUGGAUUGGAUGGACUUUGCAUGUUCAAUCCUCAUCCAAGAUCACCCCAGGGGAUUGAAGUCACCAUAACUUUACCAACAGGGACACUGGAGAGGUUGAGACGUCUCCUCGAAGACGCGUGGAGCGCAUACUUGUCUUGUGAAACCAAAUGAUAAAUGAGUGGAGACAUAAUAGU